AUGUCAGAAAUAUCCAGCACGUACGAAAAUAACGGGCAAAAGCACCUAUUCGCACAUUGGGAAACCCUUUCUGCGGAAGAAAAAAGCGAGUUGCUCGCACAGCUAGGCAAGUUUGAUCCAGCUUGUCUCCAGCGCAAUUGCCAAAAGGCAAUUGCACUAGCAGAGGAGAAUAUGGGCUCCGAAAACGUCAUCAAGCCGCUCCCAGCCUCGUCCUACAAGUCGGUCAUCGACGACGUGUCCACAAAGAAACUGUAUGCUGAUCUCGGACUACAGGCCAUCAAAAACGGCCAAGUCGCUGUCAUACUAAUGGCGGGUGGUCAAGGGACUAGACUAGGGUCCAGUGCUCCCAAGGGAUGCUACGAUAUCGGGUUGCCAUCCAAGAAGUCUUUGUUCCAGAUCCAGGCUGAGAAAUUGCUAAGAAUUCAGCAGUUGGCCCAAGCGCAACAACCGAUCCCAUGGUAUAUCAUGACUUCGGGCCCCACCAGAGAAGCCACAGAAACAUUCUUCCAGAAAAAUAACUACUUCGGCCUCUCUCCCUCCCAAAUCACUUUCUUCAACCAGGGAACUUUGCCAGCACUAGAUAUGUCGGGCGAGAAACUAUUCUUGGGGUCCAAGACCGGGCUCGUGGAGUCACCGGACGGAAACGGAGGGUUAUAUCGCGCGAUAAAGAACAACAAGCUUCUAGAAGACUUCAACGCCCGCGGUAUCAAGCAUAUUCACAUGUACUGCGUCGACAACGUCCUCGUCAAGAUCGCCGACCCCGUAUUCAUCGGAUACGCCAUCCAAAACAAGUUCCAGCUAGCUACCAAAGCUGUUAGAAAGCGCGAUGCUCAUGAGUCCGUCGGUAUAAUUGCUACCAAAAACUCCAAACCCUGUGUAAUAGAGUAUUCUGAGAUCUCAAAACAAUUGGCAGAAUCUGUGGACGCAGAAUCAGGCCUCCUAACGUUGCGUGCUGCCAACAUCGUCAACCACUACUACUCCGUGGACUUAUUGAACGAGAAGCUAGACUCCUGGAUCGAGUCAAUGCCUUACCAUAUCGCAAAAAAGAAGAUUCCAUACUACGAUAAUGUUAACGAUAAGUAUAUCAAACCUACUGAACCAAAUGGUAUCAAACUAGAACAAUUCAUCUUCGAUGUUUUCCCAUCAAUCGACCUAGAAAAAUUUGGCUGCUUGGAAGUCGAAAGAGCAGAAGAGUUUUCUCCAUUGAAAAAUGCUCCAGGAACAGCUAACGAUAACUCAGAAACUGCAAGAGCUGCUUUCCUUACCCUAGGGACUUCUUGGCUCAAGAACGUAGGUGCCGUAAUUAAGGACAAUGUUUUAGUAGAAGUAUCUGCAAGAAGAUCUUACAGCGGUGAAAACCUCGAAGAAUUUAAGGGUAAAACCUUUGAUAAGCCAAAUCAUAUCUUAGAUUGA